AACUCCCGGCGUGCCCCGCGCCCAACCUACCGCGCAGGGGCGGCUGGGAGGUGUCGGGCGCCAUGGCAACCGGCCUCAGGCCUCACUGCGGCCUGUAAACACCUCGGGGGUAAACAUCACCACAGGUUUUCAAAAUACCCCCGCAAUUGUGCAGCAAGCAAGAAUGGAAAGAUUUUGCAAAAGAAACAAACGUGAUCCCAUUGACGAUGGCAACAUAAAUGUCCCCACCAAUCUGAAUGAAUCGGACAACUCUCCCAAUUUUGCUCUGCUUUUACCUCAAGAGCUAAUUCUGAAAAUUUUCAGUGAAUUGGACAUUCAAAGCCUGACUAAUGCAGCAAUGACAUGCGGAAAAUGGAAUGACUUGAUCGAAGACGAUGACUUCCUGUGGCGCGAUCACUGCUUGACAACAUUAGCUGUCUGCGAAAGAGAACUGCAACGUGAUCAAGCAAAUGGAUUUUCGUGGAAGACUAUCCUGGUGAAAAACUACAAGAAAAGCAACUUAAAACAAGCAUGGUUGAAUGGGCAUUACAGUAACAUUCGAUCUGCAGAUGAGCUCCUGGAUAAAAGUAUGUGUGAAAUGAAUGCAGAUGCAUGGGGAGAGAUACUAGAAGCUGAGUUGCAAAGAUAAAUGCCAA